ACUGAUUGUGAUCUCAUCCAUAGAACGCCGUGUCUAUUUUACAGUGAAACAUUUCAAAGCAUUAAAAUCAGACACUGGUACUAACUACCAACUGGUAAUAAAUGACACCCGGCAGCUUGAUUGUAGCGUCACAAAUGUAAAAGACUAAAUGUGUCAGUGUGAUGAUGCUAUUUAAGUGAUACGGAUACAGUCCACCUGGCUAACUAUUCCCAUCUCUAUAACAUUAUAUUGUCAUCAUUUGGGUAAUUCUCUCUGAGGUAUCCUAAUAUUUGCCUGGCUAAGAGGAAAUGCGUACAAGUCGGUGUCAAUUAUCCCCUCGGAAAUGACAGCGGCGAAAACAUAACGAGGAAUAGAAAUCGCAUCCCCUCCUCUCUCCCUCACCCCUCACUUCCCGUCGACAAAUACGGCGGCUCAGCGACCGACGAGGAUGAGGCGCCGUGGGGUCUUGUGUGCUGGUGUCGCGCUGACGUUUCGUUGCCGGGGUUUGGUGUACUCGGGUGAACGGUGGAGCGGCCGGGGUGAACCGAUCGUCGGCGGGGACGGGGUCGCUUGGAAUGUGCUGUUGCCGUCUGAUCGGAAGGAACGCGAUUGCCAUGGUUUCCGUCGGUUCUGAUUACCUCCGUUGUAAUACUGAGGUAUAGUAAUCCACGAUGGAUAAGAUAUUGGAAGCACUCAUCACUUCUUCGCACCCCCUACCUGUGAAGAAGGGGAUUGUGAAGAAAGUGAUUGAUGCAGCUGAGAACUCAGUUGACCGGGAGCAAUGCAAGGCAAUGUUUCAUCUAACCACACGGUUAAUUUUAAUUGGGGAGGACAACUUCCAGAAACAAGUGGGUCAUCAGGUACUUGAUGCCUAUGCCAGAUACCAUCGUUGUGAAUUUGAAGAAUUCUUUAACAAGGGCUUUAUCCUAAACCUUCUGCAACAAGGUUAUGGAUCAUUAGAUAAGAAAGAUAUUGGCAUCAUUGACUAUAUCCACAUGGGAUUAAAACUUAUAAUGAGUUGUCCUUCUGUGCUUGAAAUCUUUAGCUUCAUGCACACUGAGGUGUUGCGAUUAGUUUGCGAGAGGCCAGAGCCUUUGCUGUGUGCUAAGUUGAGCGAGUUGUUGUCUGACUUUGUGCACUGCAUCCCAAGGGGUAAAUCAGCCGUACUCUUUUGCCAACAAUUAGUAAGGACUAUAAGUCAGUUCCAGUGCAAUGCUACACAGGAGGAAGAGAUUCGUGGAUUUAUUUCUCAGGUGAACAAAGUAAGCAAUUUGCUACAAAGCAUUUGGAAAGCUGAGCCUGGUGCACUUCUGCCUUCUCUACAAGAGGUGUUCGUAAUAAUCUCUGCUACAGAUUCCAUAUUUGAACCAUCUAUUGCUCUGGCAAGUCUUGUUCAGCACAUCCCAUUACAAAUGAUAACAGUUCUCAUUAGGAGCCUAAUCACAGAUCAAAAUGUUAAAGACGCCAGCAUGACUUGUGCUCUCUGCAGGAUGAUUGAUUGGCUCUCUUGGCCAUUAGCUCAGCAUGUGGAAACUUGGGUGAUUGCACUACUCAAGGGAUUGGCUUCUGUCCAGAAAUUCACCAUCCUCAUAGAUGUCACAUUGCUUAAAAUUGAACAGGUAUUUCAUCGACUUUGGUAUCCUAUUGUGCGGCCUGGAGCUUUAGUAGUUCUUUCCCAUAUGCUGCUCAGCUUUCAGCAUUCUCCAGAAGCCUUUCAUUUAAUUGUUCCUCACAUUAUAAAACUAGUUCAGUUUCUGAAAGAUGAAGCUUCGCCUGCCAGUAAAAUCUUCCUCGUGCAGUUGACCGAGUUGGUGCAUUGUAUGAUGUAUCAGUAUUCUGGGUUCCCCGAUUUGUAUGAACCUAUUCUUGAGACUAUUAAGGACUUGCCAAAACCUUCUGAAGAAAAAAUGAAGCUCACUCUUAAUCAAAGUGCCUGGACAUCGCACUCGAAUUCUUUGGCAUCUUGUUUAUCAAGGCUUUCUGGAAAAUCUGAAACGGGAAAAACUGGGUUAAUAAACCUGGGCAAUACAUGCUAUAUGAAUAGUGUCAUUCAAGCAUUAUUUAUGGCCACAGAUUUCAGGAGGUCUGUUUUAUCACUGAAUCUAAAUGGAUCCCGCUCAUUGAUGAGAAAGCUGCAACUUCUGUUUGCUUUUUUGGCACACACUCAGCGAGCAGCAUAUGCUCCACAGAGCUUCUUUGAAGAAUCCAGACCACCGUGGUUCACCCCUGGAUCCCAGCAAGACUGUUCUGAAUACCUCAGGUUCCUUUUGGAUAGGUUACAUGAAGAAGAAAAAACAUGCAGAAUGGUCAAUGAGAAUUCCCUACCAACCUGUGAAAAUUCUGUAUAUGACUGCAACUCUCAAGGGCAUCCCGAGGAAACAUCAUCUCUCACUGAAUCAGAUCUAGCAAGAGUUGAUGGGAAAACACUUAUAGAGAAAAUGUUUGGAGGCAAACUGCAAACCACAAUACACUGUCUAAACUGUAAAAGCACCUCUCAGAAACAAGAGGCAUUCACUGACCUUUCAUUGGCCUUUCCUCCAUGCCUUGAAGACAUUGUAGAAGCUGGAUCAACACAGUUGCUUGUCCCAGCAGAGUAUGAAAGCACAAUGCCUACAUGUUGUACUGCAGUAAUCUCUGACACUCUUCAUACUGAACCUUCUGUAGUUCAUAACCUUCAGGUGGAAGAAAUUGGACAUAGAUCAGAAACAGAAGAUGAAAUGCUUCAAACAUUUCCAUUACAACCUAUUAAUUCUGUGGAUUCUUUCAGGCUGCCAAUGCAAUCUGAUAAACUGGUCACAGUCCAUAGCAAUAAAUCCAUUGAGCGGAAUGACAAAACCAGAUCUGUCCCUAACCUAAUAAACUACUUCUUGGCCCCAGAGAUUCUCAAUGGAGAGAACAAAUAUUACUGUGAAAAUUGUGCCUCAUUGCAGAACGCACAGAAGGUGAUGCAGGUGGUAGAUGAACCUGAAUACCUCAUUCUCACUCUCCUAAGAUUUUCAUAUGACUCAAAAAGUCACGUAAGGCGAAAAAUCCUAGAUGAUGUGGCACUUCCACUCAUUUUACAGUUGCCAGUUGAAAAGAAAACUCCAAAAUCACUAGCAAUCAACCAGUCCUUGCUAUCUGACUCACCUGAAAACCUGCCUAAAAAAUUGAAGCCUUCUGGUUCAGUAGAUUCAAGUGAUACUCAGUCAGUAUCUUACCACCUUUGUUCUAUCGUUGUGCAUUCUGGGAUGUCAUCUGAGAGUGGGCAUUAUUACUGCUACGCCAGAAACAUCAAUUCAGGUUCUGUAGGUCAAUUGUGUUACAAGACUGACCUUGCAGGUUUGUCCUCUCCUCCAAGUUAUAUGACAGAUAAUGACAAUUCCGGUACAUCAGUUACUUGGCACGAACCAAACUGCAAAGAGACAUCAAAGGAAUGGUUUCUGUUCAAUGACAGCAGAGUGACUUUCACAACCUUUCAAUCUGUUCAGAACAUUACUAGCAGGUUUCCUAAGGACACGGCAUAUGUCUUGUUUUAUAGGAAACAAGAUGCUAAUGGUGGCAUAUACCCAAGUACGGUAAAUGGACUAUGGGUGAAUGGAGAGCCACCACUGCAGAAAGAACUCAUGGAUGCAAUUACUAAAGACAACAAGCUUUACCUACAGGAACAAGAGCUAAACGCUCGUACCAGAGCAUUGCAAGCAUCCUCUGCAACAUGUUCAUUUCGUCCACAUGGUUUUGAUGACAGUGACCCACCAGGGAGUUGUGGCCCAAGUGGUGGUGGAGGAGGAAGCGGUGGGUUUAAUACUAUUAGCCGUCUUGUCUUCUGAGAAUCCUUCAACAAGGCCAACUUCCUUUCCCUACCCUUCCCUUUUACUGAUAAAUGGGGAGACAUGCAUCAAGUCACUCUAUGGGUCAGAAUAUAUUAGUUUCAAGAUGCUUCCAGCUGUUCGCUUGUUUAUCCCAGCCUGUUUGGCAUUUUGAGAAAAAAAAUUGACAUGUACUACUCUAUUAAGUUGGGGGUAAAAAGGCGGGUAAAACAUACAUGAUUGCAAUAAUUUUUAAAGUUUGUAGAUUUCUUAACCUUGCUCCUAAAUUUGACCAUAACCAUAUUUGCAUGUUUAGAUUAUUUUUAUGUAAAUAAGCAUUCAGCAUUGUAAUGUGUAUUUGUAUAAUGACUGUAAAUACAUUUCAAGUGAACUUUUCAAAUCCACAUAUACAAAGUAUGGAAAUGGUAAUUUAUAAAUUGCCACAUUUCUGGCAUUGGAUUUCUUUGAUAUUUUUACUUUUGAAUGUGUAUACAGCGUCUUGCAACUUCAGGGAGCAUUACUUGUCACAGAUUUGAUAGAAAUUCAUUCUCCACCCCCAACCACUCUUUUCCCCCCCCCCACCCCACCGACCCCAUCAACACCAACUUCUUUUUGUGUUUGUUCAUCUGUGCCUUGAGAUCUGUACAGACCAGGUGCAUUUUAGAAUCCAGGAUUUGAAUGCUAUAUUUUUUAAAAACUACAUCCUUCGGAGAGGGAGAAGAAUCACUUGUAUGUUUAUCACAGAUGUAUGUUAACAUCUUAAAUCUUGUUUACGUUUUGAAGUUUCUAAGAAACCCUGCCAUCACUUGAAAAGAUCUGAGAUUUAUUGCACAUGCACACUAAAUAUAAAGGAGUAAUGAAAAUGUUUUCCUCUGUGUUUGUUCAUGGGUGAUGCAGUGAUUUAACUACUGAAUAAUUCAAAACAUUGUCAAAUUUAUGUUGGAAUUGUUCGACUGUUGUGCUAAGUUUUGGAAAACAAUAUUUAUAAAUAUUUAAAUGUAUAGGACAAAACAGGUCAUGUGAUUAGCAAAACAACAUACUGGAAAAAUGUUGGCUUUUAUUCAGUAACAAGUUUUCACUAAAUUAUUGAUUUUUUUAUUUUAGAAAUGCAUUGCUAUGCUUUAGGAUAUGAAAUUAAAAAAGUUUUGAUCCCAUUUUGGAUAUGAUUUUUUUUCCCACAUGUACUCAGGGUCUAGCAAUAAUCAGUGUCUGCUGAUGAAUUUUUUCAACAAUUGUUUGCCUUCAUUAGAAACCUCAUACCAAGCACUGAUACAAUGAAGCCAUUCAUCAUAUUAUAAAUGGAAUUUCUUAUUUUUAAAAUAACUUCAAUGGAUUGUUUUUAAUAGCCCUUUUUGUAAAAUACCUGUUUUACGAAUGUGCAAUGUUCUUGUUAUUCCCUUUUUCUACCCGGAGAUUGAACGAUAAAGCAUAACGACUUGUUACAUUUUUAUUUGACCUCAUUGCCUCAGGCUACUCCCUUAAGCAAAUCUUCACUCAUUUUGUUUGGCAUAUAAUUACGCUGAGCAGUGUGUCCAGGCAUUCAACAGUGUCCUAAGUCAAAGCUCACUGCUUUUCUUGCUUGCCUAAAUGUGAUCUCCCUGAUUUGUAGAAAUUACAGAGUAACAUGGUAUAUUGUAGUGUAGGCAUUACUUAUCAUUAAACUGGUGAUAAUAACAAUGUUUGAACUGGAGCAAGGACUCACAAGUUUAAUAACUGCAGUAGAAUCUAAUUUUGAGUAAAUGGUAUUAACUAAUAAUUGUGACAGCCAAAUUAAAUGUUUUGUCAUCCAAUGAAAACAAUGGUCAUUUUUCUGAGACUUUCCACAUUGCACCACCCAGGCUAAGAAAUACUUUCCAGAAAAUACCUGAGACUAACAAAGCAGUUAAGUAAUUUGUUAAAUUCAGAAGGAAACUGACAAUCAAAACAUACUUUGAACCAAAGUUUUGAGAUGUUUGUAACUACAUUGAAUUAAUAUUGCUCUUAGUCUUUUAUGGUUCAGUGGGUAGAACUUUAACCUGCUGAGUUAGUAGGUUGUUGAUUCAUGUCCCAGUCCAGAGGGUUGACAACAAAAAUCUAGAAUUAAUGCUCCAUUUAUGGAGGAAGUGCUACAACAUCAUAAGUGCUACCUUGCAGUUAAAACAUGAAUUCAAUGCUCUGUCUGCUCUAUUUGAAAAAUCAUGGCACAUGUUAUCCUAUACUAAUCACUAAUAUUGAUUAUGUGGUCAUUAUUAUAUUUCUGUUUGUGAGAACUUGCUGUGCACAUAUUGACUGCCAUGUUUCCUCCAUUAAAACAUCGACAGUACUUCAUUAAAAACUUUAUUAUUAGCUUCGAAGUGCAUUCACGUGUUUUGAGAUCAGAAAAGGUGCUACAUUAGUGCAAGGCAUUUCCUUUUCUCUCAGGUGCCUGGAGGAGGGGAAAAAAAGGACUAACUAUUAAAAAAUUAAAAUCAAAUGCAACU